UCAUGAUUUAAAAAUGUUAAUGUCUUCUUUUUUUGUCUUAUCUUCUCUAUAAUUAAUGUUUUCAGUUUCGAAAUAAAAUAUGCCUUCUUCAAAGUGAGUAUCUACUUCUAAUAUAUAUAUAUAUAAACCCUUAUUCGUUAAUCUAUAUCAUAAGUUGUAGUUCUGUUGUUAAUGAUAAAUUUGCAGUAAAUGUUAAAUUCCUGCAUAUAAAAUCCAAAUCGUCACCAACCAGAAAUUACAAAACAGAGAUACAGUAUAAUUUAACACUGUGAUUGACAACCUUCUCCCAAUUGACUUACCACCCACCAUUCAAUCAAUCAAUCAUAUACAUCAUGUCCAUAUUCUUCAAGGCUCCAUUGGAUAUAGAUAUAAGACUAGAUAACGAAGAUACCAGAAAACAUGUUGAAGUUAAAACUCCUCAUGGUAGAAUGGAAAAAUUACCCAUAUUCAAAGAUGGAGAAUCAGUUAAAGGUCAAGUUACCAUAAGAACCAAAGAAGGAAGAAAGAUAGAACAUUUUGGAGUUAAAGUUCAAUUGUUUGGACUGAUUGAAACUAAUAUUGAUGGAUUAAUUACUUCUGAAUUCUUAUCGUUGGCCACUGAAUUAGCUGCCCCUUCAAUUUUAAGUCAUCCUGAAACUUAUCCAUUUGAAUUUAAAAAUGUCGAAAAACAAUAUGAAAGUUAUAGAGGUAAGAAUGCAAGAUUACGAUAUUAUUUAAAAGUGGUGGUUUCAAGAAAAUCAUCAUCUGAAAUAACAAGAGAAAAGGAAUUAUGGGUUUAUCAAUAUAUAACACCUCCACCUCCAACAUCAUCCAUAACAGCCACGGUAUCGAAAGGGAAUAACAAUAAUAAUCAUAAUCAUAAUCAUAAUCCAGUACAAACUCCUCCCACCACCCCCUCCAAAGAUGGUAAUCAAACUGUUAAAAUGGAUGUCGGUAUUGAAGAUUGUUUGCAUAUCGAAUUUGAAUAUCUGAAAUCAAGAUUCUCAUUGAAAGAUGUGAUAAUAGGUAGAAUCUACUUUUUAUUAGUAAGACUUAAAAUCAAACAUAUGGAAUUAUCCUUAAUUAGACGAGAAACAGUAGGUUCAGCUCCAAAUCAAAUCACAGAUAGCGAAACCGUAGUUCGAUUUGAAAUCAUGGAUGGAGCUCCUGUGAAAGGAGAAGCUAUCCCCAUUAGAUUAUUCUUAGGAGGAUAUGAUUUAACUCCUACUUAUAGAGAUGUUAAUAAGAAAUUCUCUACUAGAACUUAUCUUUCAUUAGUAUUGAUUGAUGAGGAUGCUAGAAGAUAUUUCAAACAAUCUGAGAUAAUCCUUUAUAGAGAUCUGUAAUUGCCUUCUUGUCAUCGUUUAGUGAUACCAAACAUAAAUAAAUAUAUGCAUUGUAUGUCCUCCAAGUUUUAACGAAAUCUCUAUGUAAAUGAAAUCAAGAUCUCUCUCAUAUUUUCUUAGCAGUAUCAACCCUCAGAAAAAAAAGUUCCUACAA